CGUCAGUCGAACCUCGCCAUUUUUGUUGGUGGUGUAAACUUCUGCACAAUCCUGGGCGAAGAAACAGUGCUGUGCCGGUGAACACGCAGUUACUACGACGUAUUUUACGUCUUUGGCACGAUUUGCGACAUGAAUCAGUCACGGAAUUUCACAUCGUUGUUGAAUCCAAGUUACUUGCAAAACGCGCAACAAAAUGCUGCAACUGCGAACGCGGCCGCCGCCGCAGCUGCAGCAGCCGCCGCAGCUGCCGCGGUGAGCGCCGCGAUUGCGAACGGAACCCAGCUAAACUCCAAUUCCUCCAAUUCUCCGACGAAUAACGUGAGGAAACGCGAAGCGGAGUGCGAUGGUAAGCAGGAAAAAGAGUCAAAAGAGGAACGUAGGAAGAUGUAUCUGCAACGUUUAAUUUUCAGCUGCAGAUUUAGGAAGCUACGUACUGGAGACCUUGGAAUUCCGCUUAACCCUGAGGAAAGAUCACCAUCCCCAGAACCCAUAUACAGUAGUGAUGGUAAACGGUUAAAUACAAGAGAAUAUCGUACUAGACGUAAAUUGGAGGAAGAACGUCACAACCUUAUUCAGAAGAUUCUCAAAAUUAAUCCAGAAUUUAAACCUCCGCCGGACUACAAACCUCCAAUAAUUCGAGUUCAUGACAAAGUAAUGAUUCCCCAAGAAGAACACCCAGACAUUAAUUUUGUUGGUCUUCUUAUUGGUCCACGUGGAAAUACAUUGAAAUCAAUGGAGAAGGAGACUGGAGCAAAGAUUAUAAUUCGUGGUAAAGGUUCAGUAAAAGAGGGAAAAGUUGGAAGGAAAGAUGGUCAACCUCUACCUGGUGAGGAUGAACCUCUGCAUGCGUAUAUUACAGCUAAUAAUCUGGACGCUGUAAAGAAAGCAGUUGAGAGGAUUCACGAAAUCAUACGACAAGGUGUCGAAGUACCUGAAGGACAAAAUGAUUUACGGCGUAAUCAACUUAGGGAAUUGGCUUUAUUGAACGGAACUUUGCGUGAAAAUGAUGGACCACGUUGUACUAAUUGUGGUGCAUCAGAUCAUAAGUCAUGGCUGUGUCCAGACAAACCGAACGUGACAAAUAACAUAGUAUGUUCAAGUUGUGGGGGAGCAGGUCAUAUUGCCCGUGAUUGUCGAUCCAAAAGACCUGGACAGGGUGGACCGGCUGCUGCAGGAAUGGGAGGAAUGGGUCCAGGUGGCGAUAAAGCUAAAAUCGAUGAGGAAUAUAUGUCCCUUAUGGCGGAAUUAGGCGAAGGUCCACCACCUGAUAGAUCCAAAAGUGGGCAACCGCGACAACCGAACCCGAAUCCUAAUUAUCCUGGUCUCUUUGAUAGACAACAAGCUCCUCGGGCAUUAAUGGCGGCACCAGCGCAUCCACCACCACAAAUGAUGCAAGGUGGACCAAUGAUGCCACCACCGGGCAUGGCUCCACCACCAUGGAAUCAAGGAGAAGUGAAUAACAUGAACGGUAUGAACAUGCAGUGGCAACCGCCAGUUAGCAUGCCUCCUCCACCUGGCGUGAUGCAGCCGCCUCCACCACCACCAGGUUCCACGUCUCAACCGAAUAUCCCACCGUUGAUGCCCUGGAUGGCUGGCAAUAAUCAACCACCACCACCUGGGCAAAUGCCUCCGACGCAAAUUCCACCUCCUGGAAUGGGUAUUCCGCCAUGGCAACAGGGACAGCAAGGGCCAAUGCGUCCACCUCCACCUGGAACAGCCCCGCCACCAGGAUUCCCAGGAUGGCAGCCACAACAAAUGGGUGGAUGGCCGCCGGCUGCGCCCGUACCACCUCCCCCUCAACAACAAACGCCAGCGCCACCUGGCAUCGAUCUCAAUACUUUGCCCACAUUAUUGGCGCAACCACCUCCACCGCCGCCGCCAACUAGUUAG